UAACCGCCUACGGCGCUGUCGCAGCUUGAUGACUCCUCACAUCCCGUCCACCAUUGUUCCUGCCUUGUACUUAGAGACAGACAGGCGACGUAUGUUUUGUUGGAAUGCAGUGGAAUAAUUUCGAUAUUGGGUAAAAAGGUGUGUGUUUGUGUGGGCACCACCCAGUUGCAGUUACAGAAUGUGAUGCCGCAGCUGUAGCAGCACCACUGUUUCUACCCGAACUGUGAGUGUGGCAUUGCUGCCACUCCCAACAUGUUUGAAGUCAAACACCGCAAGGUAGAUAGGAAGGAAUCCAGCACUGAGACAGAUGAAGGCCUUGGCAGCAGUGGGAAGCAUUUUGGAUCAGGGUCGCUUGGAUCUGGUUCGGCUGGCUCUGGGUCGCUCUACUUGUCAGACAGCCAGGACUGGGUGGUGUCUCCGAGCUGCUCACCUGAUGAAGGACCAGCCCAGCUCACAGCGAUCUCGCCACUGCUGGCUGAGGAGACUUUCCGCUACAUGACCUAUCUUGCUUUGGAGCCCUCCUCUUAUUCCCACGCGGGCUCUCAGAGCCUCUCCAAAGUCCUCAGUGCUGACCGGGUAGAGCAGAUGACCAAGACCUACAAUGACAUUGAAGUGGUCACCCAUCUCUUGGCAGAACGGGACAGAGACUUGGAGUUGGCGGCUCGGAUCGGUCAGUCCUUGCUUCAGAGGAACCAAUUGCUCCAAGAACGCAAUGAUGCCGUGGAGGAGCAGCUCACUCAGGCGUUGGACCAGGUCCACCAGCUGCAGCAUGAGCUCAGUAAGAAGGACGAACUGCUGCGCAUGGUCGCCAGUGCCUCGGAGGAAAGCGAGACCGAUUCCAGCGUGUCAACGCCUCUGCUGCAGAAGCAGCCACCGGGGUCUGUCUCGGCUGCUGCUGCCCUCAGCCAGCUGGAGUCCCUGCAAGGCAAACUUCAUGACCUGGAAGAGGAGAACUUGGCUUUGAGGUCUGAGGCCUGCCAGCUGAAGAGAGACACCAUCAAUUUUGAGGAAAAGGAACAACGGCUGGUCAGUGACUGUGUCAAGGAGCUACGUGAGUCCAGCAGCCAGAUGGUCACUCUGUCAGAUGAACUCACUCAGAAGAACGAGGAGCUGCUAAGGCAUCAGGAGGAAAUCGCUCAGCUCCUCUCGCAGAUCGUUGAACUACAGCACCGAGUCAAAGAGCUGGCCCUGGAGAAGGAAGAUCUACGGAUCCACCUGCAGGCUUCCAAAGAUGCACAGAGACAACUCACAGCAGAGCUGAACGAGCUGGCGGAGAGGAAUGCAGAAUGUGUGGAGAUGCUCCACGAGUCGCAGGAGGAGAUCAAAGAGCUGCGCAGUAAAAACGCUCCUUCAGUGGGGUUGAGAAGACACCUCUCCUACGGCCCCUUCCCCAUGGAUUCUUUGGCAGCGGAGAUUGAGGGCACGAUGAGAAGAGAGCUGAGUGUUGAAGAGGAAACUGCGCUUGAGGACCAAAAAAUUUCCCAAAAACGUGUAUUCCAAACCGUCCGCUCCGUCAACUCCCUGACAUCCCGGCCAUCUUCAGCAACGCCUCCGAUCCCUGGUUCCGGCCAGAGCUCCCUGGUGAUGACCGCACAGCCCUUCGCGUCUGCCCAAGGGGAUGAGGUGAAAAUGGGGAAGCCUGGCAGCCCCGGGGGCAACGACCUCACCAAAGCUCUGCACCGAUUAUCGCUGCGGAGGCAGAACUUUCUGUGCGAGCGGCAGUUCUUCCAGGCGGAACGUGAGAAGAAGUUGCAGGCUCUAGCCGGAGAUGCAGAUGUGGAGGGAAGCGGCUGCAGCUCGCCCAUGGGCAGCGUCCUCUCCUCCUACUCCAAUCUGUCCGAACUGUCUAUGACCUCCAGCAUCUUUAAGACUUUCCUUCCAGAGAAGCUGCAGAUUGUCAAGCCCAUGGAAGGCUCCUUGACUCUCCAUCACUGGCAGCAGCUAGCUAAACCUCAUCUCGCUACGAUUCUGGACCCCCACCCUGGCGUGGUCACCAAGGGCUUCCGGCCAUUGGCACAGGACGCCGUCUAUCGCCUGUCAGACAUGGAGGAGGAUGAGGAGGAAGUGGAGCUGAGAGGGAUGGCUGUCCUGGAGAAGGGGGCUGCCGAGAGAGGUAAAGACGAGGAGGAGGAAGAUGAGGGCGGAAUCGUCUUCAACGUUCGCUACUCGUCGACCCCAGACGAGAGAAGGGAGAAGAAGAAUUUGGCAGUUCCCGCAACACUCCUGUCUUCGGCCACUCCCGCAUCUAUUGCCACUUUCUCACCUGAGCUCUGCAUGAGCUCAGUGACCAGUCAUGGGACAGAGACACCCAGCCAUCCCUCCCAAACGCUUUCCACACCAGCCGUCCAGUCACAAAGUCAGAUUUGCUCUUCGUCUGGUCCAAAUCCAGGAAAGUGUCAGAGCUCCACCUUCUCCACCUAUACAUUCACCACCUGCCGCAUCCUGCAUCCUAGUGACAUCACACAGGUGACUUCCAGCACUCAGUCGACCGUGAUGGCAAACACGCCCAGCUCCAUGAGGACUGGACCGAGUACACCUGUCACCCCCUGCAGGCUCAGUCUGGGAGACUCCUUCCCUGCACGUCGCCCGCCUGCAGCCACCAGCGGUCUUGCCAAGCUGGUGUUGGAAAGAGGCAUCUCGGCUCAAGUCUCCACUGAAACGCCCCCAACAUCUCCAAGACCCACAGCCAAACAGCCCCUUUUCCGACUUCUCCCCGGAACACCGCCUAACUCCCCGUCACACUCCCGCACGCCUUCACCCGUGCCCCCGGAGUCACGACAGAACUCGGCGGAUAAUUUUCUGGCAUCGCGCCCCGCAGAGCUUUUUCUUCAGGAUGUUUACGGCUUGAAUCUGGGUCGCACGCGGCAUCCAGACCUGCCGAGCCCCACCCAGGAACCCGCGGCGCUUGCCACAUCCCUCAAAACAGGACAUCUAAGCCCGGACCCAGUCAACGUGGGCCUGCUAGAACGGCUUCGCAGACUCGGGUUCUCCAAAGUUCUCCAGGGAGCAGAGUCACGACAGGAUUCUGCCACAUUUGUGUCCACAGGCGGUGGGAGCUUAAUGGACGGACUCAGACGCAACCAGAGCCUCCCGGCCAUGAUCAACGCGCGACCUGGGAAAUCUGCCGCAAACCCGACUCCACCCCCAGCUCACCCUACCUCCCUCGCCAUACCCCCGCCGCCCUGGGGAAACCUGAAAGAACGGCGUCAGCAGCUGGCGUCACGUGUGCCACCAAAUUCUAAACGCUGAAAACCAGAUUAUGGACUUCUAAACCAUGUCAAGCUCCUUUCCCUGAUAUCAACUCCUCCUUCCUACAGCUGUGGGAGCUGUCCAGGUGGGCACAACCAUCCCUUCUUUUUAAUGACCUUAUUUUAAAGCACAAUUUUACAGACUGUUUUUAGUGUGUACGUGUAACACCAUGAUGCUUGUUGUUGUUGCGGCCUGAGCCUUAGCUUCUCCGACCCGUUAUGGAAGACUCGCGAAGGUGAAAGAUGGUUUGUGGACGUAGAUGGGAAAGGAAGAAGUGAAGGUUUGAAGACAAAUGGUCUCUGCAUGUUCAGUCAUGUCAGAAGAGAAAGAAAGAAGGAUAGAAGAGAAUGAUGUAAGAAAGUGAGAAAGAAAGAAAGAUGUUAUAUUUCAAGGGCUUUUAAUUUGAAAUAGAACUUGCAUACUGCCAGGCUCAUCUCGUAGUGGCUAAAGUAAUAGUCCUAUUUGAUGUCGGUGUGCCUCCGCCCGCCUCCAUGUCUUGCAUGACCCGUGCAAAGUGACCAGCUGCAGGUCCCAGCAUGCGCCCGUCACAGUCAGAUGGGCGGGGCCAGGCUCUGACAGACAUCAGUAACCAAAGGCAAGUAAAAUGAGGUUCCCUUCAGGUCUUAAUGUUUUUAAUAGUAGAGGCCUUAUGAUGAAGUAGUGACGCAUUCUCAUCCUUUGCGCUGUGUUGUUGUUGUUGUCUCUGUGUUGGCUGCUCUUGGUGGGGACUUGAGGUGAAGCACCUUUAGCACAUUAAAAAACUGAUUUGACUUAAGGGUUUGUUUUCAGGAGGCCACUGUUUUCUUUUCAAAUCACAUCCCGGUUCACGUUGAGGUUCGAUUUAUUUUUAUUUUUUAUUUUUUAGUGUGAUUGGUGUUACUGGUCGACCCAGUGUCCGCAACUGUAUAUACCUUUCUGUUUGCCACAGGCCAGCUCUUGGCUUGCACUUGACUCCCCGUGACCUUUUUAUUCCAGCACUAACUUGCCGCACUUUUCGUUGCGUUUUCUUUGACAGAUGUUGUAGUAUACAGAUGCUAAAAUAUGGAAGAGAAUAUGUAGAUGUAAUUAAUGUGUGCCUGUUAUUUAAAGGCUUAGUGACGACCUUGACUAACAUUUGGUCGUCGCAUUUAUGCAGUGUUUUAUCCAUCAUUUUGCUCCAGAUAUUGUGCUCCUUCAGAAAAGGGAACUCUGGUCUGGGGUUAAAGCCAAAACCAUGUUUUCACAUCAGAUGGAUGAGUAGUUUGAAAAUGUUUUGUUUGUAGGGCUGAAGAAAGAAAUAUGGAGACUGUUUUUAUUUUUUAUUAAUUUAUAGAAGUUGCGUCCAGCCAUCUUGGUAUAAGACCCUACUGCCCUCAAAGGUCACGUGUCUGUGGCUUCAGGAAAUUCCUGUGUGGCCCGAUGUUGUGUAAGAAGAGGACCUGUAAACUUGUAAUAGCUUGAAUUCUGAUGCCUCUUUUUUAAAAUAAAGCCAAGGAAAAUGAUGAAUUGUUGUUGUCUGUU